AUGCGACAAGGAAAUCAAAUAGAUUGUGGUCGUUUUGUCCAUUGCAUCCGGUAUUCGCCCUCUGGUGAAUUUCUGGCGAUUGCAACUGAGAGCGAAAUCAAAAUUUAUGAUCCAGAUGCUGAGAGACGCGUUGCAUACUUGAGGCAAUCCAACUCAACGUCACUCGCGUGGACGCCUGAUGGUACACACCUUUUCUCAAUCAGUGGCAGUUCCACGGCUAGCCUUGAUCCCGCUAGUAUACUGGAGUGGGAUGCAUCGACCUGGAAGCAGGUCCGUGGUUAUUGGACAGCUCAUACUGGCGCAAUCCACACCAUGAUUGCCAUUGACCCUGCUGGCACACUUCUCGCUUCCACAUCUUUUGAUAAUGUGCACCUCUGGUCGCUGCCAGAUCGACGAAGCAUCAUCAUAUUCAAGCACUCCAAGUUUAUCCUAGCCAUCGACCCCACAAUCCACAAUGUAUGGAUCACAGGGGACUUGACUACCGCAGAACAAUUACUCACGCAAGAGAUCGACGUCGAUGCUAACAGCUAUACCUCCUAUGCCAACCGUUCAUUCGUGAUGGCGCGAAAACUCGACUGGGACCAUGAUUCAAGCAAGGCAAGUACGCUGGCAUUCCUCAUCGUGUCACCCUUAACGUUGAUUGUGACACAGUCUGUUAGCAUUCAACUUUCAUUGGCAGGCUAUGUCUCUAAGGGCAUUGCCCUCUGCGGGAAAAAACAAGUCCGAGAAGCGAUGACAGAAUUUGAUCUCGCAUUCACGUCUACCAACGGAGAUUCAUUGACGACACAAUUUCUUUUCUUGAUCAAAGUAGAGGUUGUCAGGCCAUCGCAUUGUUCAAUGCAAGAGCUAGCUGCCCGUCCCAAUGCCGAUCCUCUUGCUUCUCGCGUCGUGGAAGCAUAUUUGCGAGUCCAGCUGGGAAUAAUUGCCAUGGAUAGCACCCUUUACAAAGAAGCUGUCGACCACUUUACUGCCGCCGUCAAUGCUGGCGCUUUCUUUUCCAAGUCAGACAUUCAUUCUAUGUAUGAGGGUUUUGUCAUGCUUUUCGGCUGGGACCUCAAGUCCUUGUGGCAAAUUGCAAACCAGCAACGAUGCUACGCACUCAUUCGGGGAGGUCAAUUUGGAGCAGCACUCGACUCAUAUCGAUACAUGAUGGGCAUGAGUGAUGAGCCUACGAAGGCCAUCUUCCUUGCUUGGAUUUCUACUCUCAACGAGGAAUGGGAACUCCGUGUUGCCAAUGAAAAUGCUGCCCUCGCAACGAGUUGCUGCAUCUUGAAAGAGGGAAAUUGA